GCUUUGCCCAUGGUCCCGCAGCAUCAUCAUCUCGGGCAUGCUUUCCCUGGGUGCUUGCAUCAUGACGGCAUUCAUGAACGUGGCUGGAUUGGCACUCUCUGGCUGCAUAGACGUGACUGCUGCGACAGCAACGAUCGGCGGUGUUACUGCGGCUGGCGCCGCAGAAGCUGCGGUUGCCACAGAAGGCACAGCUGCGGGUGCAGCUGCCUUGGAGGCAGGAGUGGUGGGAGAUGGUGCGGUUGGCGCAGAGGGCGCGAUUGCAGCUGACACGGCCGCAGGAGGCACAGCAGCAGCCGAGGGAGCCACGGCGGCAGAAGCGGCAGUGGCAGCUGACGCGGCUGUGGCUGCAGAGGCCGCCACCAUGGCUGAAGGUCUGAGCGCCCUGGCUCUGUGCACGAUCAU